AUGUCCGUCGUCUCUCUUCUCGGGGUCAAGAUUGUGAACAAUCCUGCCCCUUUCCUUGCCCCAUACCAGUUUGAGAUCACCUUCGAGUGCCUGGAACAGCUUCAAAAAGACCUGGAAUGGAAACUCACUUACGUUGGUUCCGCUACAUCGUCUGAAUAUGACCAGGAACUCGACUCCCUUCUCGUCGGACCCAUCCCUGUUGGUGUCAACAAGUUCAUCUUCGAGGCCGAUCCUCCAGACCUAAAGCGCAUCCCUACCUCGGAAAUCCUUGGAGUGACUGUCAUCCUUCUCACUUGCAGCUACGAUGGCAGAGAGUUUGUUCGUGUGGGAUACUACGUGAAUAACGAAUACGAUUCGGAGGAGCUUACCCAAGAUCCGCCCGCAAAGCCGAUCAUUGAACGAAUCCGUCGGAACAUUCUGGCGGAGAAACCAAGAGUGACUAGAUUCGCUAUCAAGUGGGAUUCGGAGGAAGAUGCUCCUGCAGAAUACCCGCCAGACCAACCCGAGGCAGACCUGGAAGAUGACGGUGCUGCUUAUGGUGCCGAGGAAGCUGAGCUUGAGGCUGCCCUGGUCAAGGAGCUUGAAGAGGUCGAAAAGGAUGCGACCAAGGGCGGUGACCAUGAGAUGGAGGGUGCCGAGGUGACAACGGGCAAGGAGGACGAAGAAGAAGAUAUUUCCGACGCCGAGAGUGAGGAUAUCGAGGAUGAGAGUGAUGACGAGGAGGACGACCUUGACGAAGACGAGGGUGGAGACGCCGACGAAGAUGUCGAGAUGGGCGAUGAUUCCGAACAAAAAGAUACGAACAAUGCCGCCGAGCAUCACCAUCAGCAGCCGGAUAUCAUGGUGCACUAA